AUGGGCCACACCAUUACCGGCAGCGGCCCACUCCUGCUGGCCGUCGUCGUUCUCUCCGCCGCCGCCGGAUGCUCCCUCGCCCAAAACUCCAUCGGAGACUACCUGGCCGCUCACAACGCCGCCCGGAAGCAGGUUGGCGUGGUGCCGCUGCAGUGGAACCAGACGGUGGCGGCGUACGCUCAGAAUUACGCGAGCCAGAGGGCAGGCGACUGCACGCUGGAACACUCGGGAGGGCCUUACGGAGAGAACAUCGCCGAAGGCUACGGGGCUUUUAGCGGCAAAGAAGCGGUGGAUCUCUGGCUGUCGGAAAAGCCUAACUAUGACCACGACUCCAACUCCUGCCAGGGAGGAGAGUGCCUGCACUACACUCAGGUCGUUUGGGGCGACUCUGUCGGACUAGGGUGCGCUAGAGCUACGUGCGCCAACGGAUGGGCCUUCGUCACUUGCAACUACUAUCCUCCAGGGAACUACGGGGGAGAAAGACCCUAUUAAUUAAUAUAUGAUAUCCUACGAGGGAGAAAGACCCUAUUAAUUAAUAUAUGAGUAAAUCAUGGGGUGCGUUCGGACCACAGCAUCAGCGAGA